CAGUGCUCGGUGCAGUUUGACAAGGACCAGCCAGUUUAAUGAGGUUGUAAACUCAUCAGAAUUCAUUAAAUAACAUGGCACGUCUUUCUUUUAAAAAUGUAUGUAAAGGCACAGCGCUUCUGUUCUUUGUCAUUGUUCUGGGGUUGAAUGCACAGACUCAUACAGGUAUCACAUCACUCCCUGUCACUUUAAGUAUUUCUUCAAAUGAGUCUCUCACAUCUCCUCAAACACUUCCUACAACAGCCCCUGCCACUACAAGCUCUCCUUCAACUGAGUCCCAAACAUCAACUCCUACAACAGCCCCUGCCACUACAAGCUCUCCUUCAACUGAGUCCCAAACAUCAACUCCUACAACAGCCCCUGCCACUACAAGCUCUCCUUCAACUGAGUCUCAAACAUCAGCUCCUACAACAGUCCCUGCCACUACAAGCUCUCUUUCAACCGAGUUUCAAACAUCAGCUCCCACAACAGCCCCUGCCAGUACAAGCUCUCCUUCAACUGAGUCUCAAACAUCAGCUCCCACAACAGCUCCUGCCACUUCAAGCUCUCCUUCAACUGAAAUAUCAGCUCCUACAAUUCUUGCCACUACAAGCUCUCCUUCAACUAAGUCUCAAACAACAGCUCUAAGUGAAAGAUCUGGACUGCAGGCAGGCCAAUUCAGCACCCGCACUCUUUUACAACGAAGCCGUGCUCUUGUAAUAGCUGCAGUAUGUGGUUUUGCAUUGUCCUGCUGAAAUACACAAGGCUUUCCUUGAAAUACACGUCAUCUGGAGGGGAGCAUAUGUUGCUCUAAAACCUUUAUAUACCUUUCAGCAUUCAUAGUGCCUUCCAAAACAUGCAAUCUGCCCAUACUGUAUGCACAUAUGCACCUCCAUACCAUCAGAGAUGCUGGCUUUUGAACUGAACGCUGAUAACACGCUGGAAGGUCUCCUUCCUCUUUAGCCUGGAGGACACGGUGUCCGUGAUUUCCAACAAGAAUGUAAAAUUUUUACUCAUCUGACCAUAGAACACUUUUCUACUUUGAAACUGUCCAUUUUAAAUGAGCUUUGGCCCACAUGACACAAUGGCGCUUCUGGACCAUAUUCACAUAUGGCUUCCUUUUUGCAUGAUAGAGCUUUAGUUGGCAUCUGCAUAUGGCAAGGCGGAUUGUGUUUAUCGACAGUGGUUUCUGGAAGUAUUCCUGGGCCCAUUUUGUAAAGUCAAUGACAGAAUCAUGCCGAUGAGUGAUGCAGUGUCGUCUGAGGGCCCGAAGACCACGGGCAUCCAACAAAGGUCUUCGGCCUUGUCCCUUACACACAGAGAUUUCUCCAGUUUCUCUAAAUCUUUUGAUGAUGUUAUGCACUAAAGAUGAUGAGAUUUGUAAAGCCUUUGCAAUUUGAUGUUGAGGAACGUUGUUUGUAAAGUAUUCCACAAUCUUUUUAUGCACUCUCACAGAUUGGAGAGCCUCUGCCCAUCUUUACUGAGAGACUCUGCCUCUCUAAGACAAACCUUUUAUAGCUAAUCAUGUUACAGACCUGAUGUCAAUUAACUUAAUUAGUUGCUAGAUGUUCUCCCAGCUGAAUCUUUUUAAAAUGUAUUGCUUUUUCAGCCCUUUGUUGCCCCCGUGCCAAUUUUUUGGAGGCCUGCUACAUUUAUGUUCACUAUGUUCUAUUGUGAAUAAAACAUUGGCUCAUGUGAUUUGAAAGUCUUUUAGUUUUCAUUUUAUUCAAAUUCAAAAAACAUCCCAACAUUUCCGGAAUUCGGGUGGUAAUUUGUAAAAGCAC